AUGGCGGCUGUACGGCAGCCUUUAACGAAUCCCAGUCCUGGCCCUUCUCCAGGAAAUUCUACUUCUUCUCGCAAACCGGUCUCAUCAGUACUGUCUGAAACGGAGCGGGCCAACCAGGACUGUACCAAUGGCUUGGUUGACGGCGCCGUCUUUGGAGGCGGUGCACCACAGAAGGGGGAUGGGCGCAUUGCCGUCAUCAUAUACGGACCGGGACAGGAGUAUAUUGUCUCCAUUUUUGCUGAGGUCCUAGGCAAAGCGUACAGGAUAAAGCCGGGGCUUGACCAUGUGACAACGGAGGAGCAUGGAUUCAUCGUGGGCAUCACGGCGCCCCAGGCAAAGAAAACCAUCGAGGUACGGGACCGAGAGUUGGUCGUGGUCAUUAACGCUCACUGUGUCACCCUGGGCAUGCCACCCGACCUACAACUGUCGACCCACUGCGACUAUGAGUUCCUCUACAAUGAGUCGCCCUUUGUGCGCCGCGACCUGGCUCGCUUCACAUCCUUCGUCCUCGGGCAGAUCAACCAUCACAAGGAGCUUAUGGAGAAGGCCCGCACAUAUAUCAUGUCAACAACAUUUCCAGACGUGCGGAUGGCGCUUCCCAAUCUAGACAUUCUGACUGUCGGCUGUGACGCCGUCGAGAUCCGCGUCGACCUUCUCCGAGAGACCCUUCCCGACGGGUCAUUCUCCGCCAUCCCCAGCCCGAGCUACGUGGGAGAGCAGGUGAUGCUGCUGCGGCAGCGGACUGAGCUCCCCCUAAUCUUUACGACUAGGUGUGUGCGCGAGAAUGGGAGGUUCCCUAUGGAUGACCCGGACCUGUAUCACCAGUACCUGUACCGUGCGGUCCAGUGGGGCGUCGAGUACAUCGAUGUGGAGCUAUGGCUACCCGAGAAGGUCCGGCGCGACCUGUAUACCCGACGGGGCAACUCACGUGUUAUGUCGGCCUAUCACGACUACUCGGGGAGCUUUCGGUGGCCGUCGGCGUACGCUGAUGAUGUGUUUUGCCGGUCCAUGCUCUACUCCGACAUGAUCAAGAUGAUGGCCAUCAUUAGCGAGCACAACGAAAACUUUGAGCUCGAGUAUUUCCGCUCCCGAAUGCGCGCCGAACACCCAGAUGCGCCGCCCCUGUCGGCCGUCAACAUGGGAGAGACAGGCCAGCUGUCGCGUACUCUCAACGGGCCCUUCACACCUGUUACGCACCCCUUGCUGCCCAUCAUAGCGGCCCCUGGGCAGAUGAGCACCGCCGAGAUCAACUCGGCCCUCGCGCUACUGGGCCAAAUGCCCCGCAAGAACAUCUACGGCAUUAGCAGUGCCGCACAGCGCAGUGCCACACCCCAGGCCCCCUUCUACGAGAAAUGUUUCAACGAGCUCGGCCUUCCCCAUCAUUUUUCUAUUGUCGAGCGCCAACCGGCUAACCCGGCCAGCAUUGAGGCAUGGUGCAACCAGCGCCACUUUGGCGGUGCCUACCUCGACCCGGGCUUCUCGCACCAGUCCCUCGUCAACCACAGCCGCUUCUUUGCCGGCCUCAACGCCGGGGCCGGUCCAAUACUCACCGAAGCAGCGAGAGUCACGGGCAUAUUCGACACCAUCAUCAUACGCUCUUCUUCCCUCACCGGUGCCAGUGCCAAGUCAGCCCCGCCCAGCCCACGCCGAGGCGUAUCGGCUGCACCGGUGUCACUACUGCCACCCAAUACGACUCUUGUCCUCGACAAUGCGAGCUGGAAGGGGAUAGUGAGCACUCUGACGCGGGAUCUAGCUCCUUCGGCCUAUGUGGGUCGAUCAGCCGUCGUGCUUGCCUCUUCGCCCGACGACGCCGCAGCCGUUUUGUUCGCCUUGAAAGCUCUCGGCGUCGCAAAAAUUUACACCGUUGGGUUCCGGACCCCGGAGUCCCUGGCUCGUCACGCCCCUCCAGUAGAUAUAGAGCAGUUUGUCAGCCUAGAUAGUCUGCAGCGCGCACGUUCUGCAGCUGACAACUCGGCAGCCCCCUUUGUCAUUGUAUCGGCUCUGGGUCCCGAGAAGAGUCACCUGGUCGGUAUACUUGUCAGGGCAUUUGGAGCAGUGGGUGAAGUUACCACCACGGGUCAGAGCACAGAGCCUUCGAAGUCUGCCAAGAAGGUCUUUCUCGACCUGGCUGACGGGGCUGCUCCGAAGCGAAGCGACCCUGGUGCGGUGGCCGAGAAGAGCGGCUUUGCAGCGUACGGGACGGCAGAUGUGGCGGCUUAUACAACGGUGGAGAGUCUGAGGUUGCUCAUCGGACAGAAUGUACCGUACAGUUUUGUCAGGUUGGCAAGUGGUGGAAAUAUGUAUUAG